ACGGUUCAGAGUUCACUCUGGUGCACGUGGUUUAAAAUGGCUGCGCCCUUCACUAAAUAAUGAUACAGAAGAAAAUAUUGAAACAGCUAAACGUUAAACCCCACCAAAGAAGAAGAAACAGCUAAACAUUUACAGAACAUAGCUACAUUAGAGCUGAAACAUCGUCAAGGGAAUCUUGUUGAAGAUGUCAGAAAACAGCAAUGUCGUUGUACAGAAAGGCACCAGCCGCACAGUUUCCAGAGCCCUGAUCAUUCAAAUGAUGGCGGAAAAUUUCGAACGGUUGCCUGAACUUGACAGGAAAAUCUUCACCUAUGGCCCCAUGUACCUGGGAGGUAAUGGGGCAUUUGCAGGACUGAUUGCCAACAGCUUAUACAGGAGAGCACUGAAUGUCACUCAAGGGCGUUUUACAUCAAAUCUCCCAAUGGCUGUCCUACCAUUCUUGACAACAGUGGCCAUGUAUAAUGUAGCUGUAUCCAAACCAUUAUUGUCUGGUGACCUUAACUGUCCAACCUGUGUCCUGAUAAGAGGUGCCCUUGUCGGCGCAGUUGCUGCUGGCGUAUAUCCUAUUCUGUUGGCUUUGCCUGUGAAUGCAGGCCUUGCAACCAGGUACAACACUACACCAUUGCCAGAAAAGGGAAACGUCCUCCGUUUUUGGAUGAACGUUACCCAACCCAUCUUAAGGAAAAUGGGUGUUGUGAUAGUACUACAGGUGUUCUUUGGAACCUACCUAAGCUCCAGACACUUUGACAGCUACUUGAAGUUGAUUCAGUUGUCCACCUCAAAUGGCGAGGAGCUUCAGGAUUAAAACAGUUUCAAACAAA